AUGGUUACGGAAGGUUACGCAUACACCCUUUUCUUCAUGUCCAACAUCAUCAACGUCUUCAAUCCGCCGCCCUCCCGCCUGCUCGGCGACGAGGAGUGCCUCGGGUGCACGGCUGUGCAGCUGGUGGUUUGUUUGGGUGGAGGAGGCUACUUUUUGCUGUCGCUUCCUUUCAAAGGCAAGAACGGCACGGUGGACUUGAGAAAACACCCGAUCUGGUUCCAGAGGGGAGUUCGUGGCGUGGGCAUUGGUCUUGUGGCCUUGGGCAUGUACCGUUUGGGCGAGGUGGUGCAGAUCUACUCGAAGCGUAACUGGCUCUAG